AUGAAGUACUUCUCGGGACUCAAGAGCAUGUCCACAAUCCUGAAGAAAUCCCCUAAGAUCAGCAAGAAGUUUGAGGCUUUGUCGAAGAAAGCGGAGGUAAUAACGACACUACAGCGCAACCCGACCUUGAGCAAGAUUAACACCGCCGCGAAGAAAGACCCCAAGAUUCUCACGAAGAUCGUAACCAACCCGGAGAGCAUGAAGACACUGUCGAAGCAGCCAGACGUGAUCCAACUGUCCAAAACACUGUUGAAAAAUGGCAUCAGGAUUACAAGAAAAGAGGGCAUCGAUAUUUUCCGGGCGAUCAAAGCAAAUUUCUGGGAUAUCGUGGCCAUCACUGCUGGUUACAACCAGGGCAGCUCGUUGUCGUUCUGCGACUCGCUCUCGUCGUUCGUCAGCUCGUCCACGUCCGGCAGCUCGUUCUCGUCCGUCAGCUCGCCGUGCGCCGCUGCAAGGGCUGUGGGUGCCCCCACUUGCUCUCGUCCGGGUACAAACCCAAGAGAGCGCUCGCUAGCUCGCGCGGCGACGGAGCACGCCACCCGUCGCGCGCUGCUCACCACUCGCUUCGAUCCGUUCCUCGGACCGCUGCCCACGGCGACCCUCUAG